CAGGGCCCAGCAGGCUCCGCCACAGCCCUGCACCCACACCCUUCUCCUGCCUGCCCCUGCCCGCGUGGACAGGGCCCAGCGCUGCCCGUGGAUGAGCCACCGGACAUCCUCCUCCUUCAGAGCGGAGAGAAGCUUCCACUCCUCCUCCUCCUCUUCCUCCUCAUCCUCCUGUGCCCUCCCGCCCCAGGACCCCCCCAUGGAGAAGGCCCUCAACCUCUUUUCCGAGGACUUUGGCAGCUUCAUGCGGCCCCACUCGGAGCCCCUGACCUUCCCAGCCCGCCCCGCAGGACCCGGCAACAUCAAGACCCUCGGAGAUGCCUACGAGUUUGCUGUGGACGUCAGAGACUUCUCCCCUGAGGACAUCAUUGUCACCACCUCCAACAACCACAUCGAGGUUCGGGCAGAGAAGCUGGCGGCUGAUGGCACGAUCAUGAACACCUUUGCACACAAGUGCCAGCUGCCGGAGGAUGUGGACCCAACCUCGGUGACCUCGGCCUUGCGGGAGGAUGGCAGCCUCACCAUCCGGGCACGGCGUCACCCACAUACGGAGCACGUUCAGCAGACCUUCAGGACAGAGAUCAAAAUCUGAGACCCUCGGCUGCUGCCCUGUCCACCCUCCCGCCUCCCUCACCGGCCUCCCCAGAGCCUGCAGAGCCCUGGAUGAUGCCCCCUGCCCAGGACAUUUCAGCUCCCAAAGCCCUUAGGCCCCAGGUGGGCAUCACCCCCAAGCUAGAGUCCUCCACUCCUCCUAUGGAAGGCUGGCGUGGCCCCUGUAUUCCAAAUAUGGCGUCUCUCAAUUUGGAAUUGAGGGGCUGGGUAGGGACAGCAAGGUCCUAAAGACCCACUUUGAGGAAGGGGUUGGGGACAGGCAGGGGCUCUGGAUAAAAGCUCUGCAGGACAGACAGACGGGAAUCCUUUGAUCUGUGGAGUUUCUCAAGGGGGGGAGCCAGGCACUGGGGAUUCCCCGGUGAAGCGGAGCAGGUCAGGCUGAGGGACGGUCACAGGCAAUGUGCCUGUCCAGGUGGGACUGCCUGAGGGCCCGGGAGGCCAAGAGGGCCAGGUGGUGGACGCCUCCCCUGGCGGCUCCUGCAGCCCAGCCAGCUGUGCCAGCGCCUGGCUCCACACUCUGCUGGGAAGGGGUUUUUCCAAUACAGCUGGUUCACUGCGGAAGGUUAAAAUCUUGCUUCAGGCAUGCUGGACCUGUCCUCCCCCAGGGCAAACCUGGGCUCCCAGGCCACUCCCUGCAGCCAGGGUCCCCUCCAGUGACCCCAGUUUCCUGUGACCCCCACCCCCACCCCACAGGCGCACCCGCCUGCCCCCCCUGCGCCCCCCCCAGGGCUGAGUAUGGAGCUGACGCCCACACCCACGGUCCUCUGUGUACGCAGCAUCACCACUGAAGCCAACUCGAAAAAUGGAUUCAGCCCCUCGAUUUUUAUCCAUGGGGAAACUAAGUCCGCAGUGAACCCAGGACAUCAGCCAUUCUCAGCCCCACCUCUGAGGCCUAGGGGAGUCCCUUCGAUCGGCACCUCAGGGGCUGGGGAGGGGGUUACAGAAAGAGCCCCCAGCCCAGUUCCCUCCUGGCCCCCAUCUGUGGGACUGUGGCUCAGUCUUCCAGCAGGUGGGGAGGGGAAGGGAGGCUCACAGUCAGGCCCAGGGCGAGGUAGAGCCACAUCUGUCCCUGCCUCCUGGCUGGUCAAACUGUCCACUGGCCUCUGACCCCUGCGGCUCUGGGGCACUUGGGGAGGGUGGGCGGGGCAGUGGGGGAGUGGGGCGCUGUAACCUGCACACACAAUAAAUGACAGUGUCACAGA